AUGGCUUCUCUCUUAACUCACUUCUGCACUUGUUUGGUUCUUCUUUCCACCAUUAAUGGCGGUACUCUAGUAAUGAUUCAAGGUUUGAAAGAGUUCAAAGUUGGUGAUGAAUUUGGUUGGCAAGAACCCACCGAGAACAACUCUGCAAUAUAUAACCAGUGGGCCACAAGCAAAAGAUUUCACGUUGGAGAUUCUCUCUAUUUUGAAUACAAGAAUGACUCAGUGGUGGAGGUAGAGAAAUGGGGAUACUAUCACUGCAACUCAAGCAACCCUAUUGUUGCAUUUGACAAUGGCAGGAGCAUCUUCAAGCUUGAUAGGCCUGGAGCCUUUUACUUCAUCAGUGGAAUCUCUGAUCACUGCAAGAAUGGUCAAAGGUUAAUCGUGGAGGUGAUGGGUCUGCACCACCAUCUUCAUUCUCCUCCUCCUUCCAUGGCCAUGCCGCCUGAGCACCAGCUUUCACCAUCACCAUCACCAAAUUCACCAACUAAUUCAGGGUCUCAAUUAGUUUCAGCUUCAUUGAUCUCCUCUGUUUUUUUCAUGGCUCUUGCUGCAGCUUCGUUUGUUAUUUAA